GAGGAGCGCGGAGAGGGUUGGACGCGCAGCAGAAAUACCGGCUUUUCCCCCAUUGAACUUCGCGAGAAAUUAACAGCUGAUGAAGAUGGCGAGCACACAGGAGAAGCUCAUGGAACACGUGAUGGAGGAGGAGCCCACUGGGUCCCGUAACAAAGUGACUGUGGUCGGUGUGGGCAUGGUGGGCAUGGCCUGCACUAUCAGCAUUCUGAUGAAGGAACUGGCCGAUGAGAUUGCUCUGGUUGAUGUGAUGGAGGACAAGCUGAAGGGUGAAACCAUGGACUUGCAGCACGGAAGCCUCUUCCUGCGCACCCCCAAGAUCGUGUGCGACAAAGACUACAGUGUGACAGCUAACUCCAAGGUGGUGGUGGUGACAGCCGGUGCUCGGCAGCAGGAGGGAGAGAGCCGACUCAACUUGGUCCAGCGCAACGUCAACAUCUUCAAGUUCAUCAUCCCCAACAUCGUCAAGUACAGCCCCAACUGCAUUCUCCUCAUUGUGUCCAACCCAGUGGACAUCCUGACCUAUGUGGCUUGGAAGCUGAGUGGCUUCCCCAGGAACCGUAUCAUCGGCAGCGGCACCAACCUGGACUCUGCCCGCUUCCGCCACUUGAUGGGCGAGCGCCUCAAGAUCCAUCCAUCCAGCUGCCACGGCUGGGUCAUCGGCGAACAUGGCGACUCUAGUGUGCCCGUGUGGAGUGGGGUGAACGUAGCUGGAGUGAACCUCCAGACCCUCAAUCCGGAGAUGGGAUCUGAUAGUGACAAGGAGGACUGGAAGAGUGUGCACAAGAUGGUGGUGGACAGUGCCUACGAGGUCAUUAAACUGAAAGGCUACACCUCCUGGGCGAUCGGGCUGUCUGUAGCUGACCUGGUAGAGACCAUGAUGAAGAACCUGUGCAAGGUGCACCCAGUGUCCACCCUGGUCCAGGGCAUGCAUGGCGUGAAGGAUGAAGUGUUCCUCAGCCUGCCAUGUGUGCUGGGUAACUGUGGCCUCACCAAUGUGGUGCACAUGACCCUGCAGCCAGCAGAGGAGAAGCAGCUGGUGAAGAGUGCAGAGACCCUCUGGGGUGUCCAAAAGGAGCUGACCUUGUAAAGAGGUCAGAAGCCCCCAAAUGCCCCCAUCCCAUCCCAUCCCCUAGCCCCAUGAGAGGAUGCACAGUGAAAAGCCAUGGCUUUAAUGGUGUCUCCACUUACCCAAACCUUGAACCGACACCACACGCCAUAUAACAUCCAGUAGACCUUAAUCCACAGCACUGGGUGGAACAGGAUGUGUUCUGUAGAUCUCAAGGCCCUUGUAAAGUGAAUUGUGUGUGUGUGUGUGUGUAUACCUCUGUCUUUGCGACACUCCUUGUAGAAAAUUAAUAUUUAAACACGAGACUAAGGCGACUCUGGAAGCUGCAUCAUUCCUGUUGUCUUUCUGGGUUUCAGUUCAGUCAUUCCAAAACUCAAUAGGACCUCAAUUACAGUAUGUUAAGACAUUGUCAGUGGAUGUAAAUCUAAGCCUUUACUUUUGUACAGGAAGCUAACAAGGUGUGCUGUAAGUGUUUCACUGCCUUUCAGAAGAGCUGUUACACAAGAUCAUUUUCUGAAAGUAUUACUCAAUGGCAUAGUGUGUAUAGUCAGGACCAGGUGCAAUAGUACAGUGAUUUAAACUCACUUGGGUUGCUCUACCAUUCAAAUGUCAAGUGGGGGUUCCAGCACUCCCCAGGUUGUGUAGGGUGAUUACCUGUACCAUGGUAAUGAUACCUUGGCUGUUAGCAGUUCUGUCCAUCACUUGUGGUGAAGGACAGUACACCAGCAAAUGGCUGUGCGGUGGACACUUCUGUUUUCAGGGGUACAAGUAAAGGAACUAUAGGUUGUGUUCAGGCAGCUUUGUGUUCUUGUUUGCUCUGUCACCACAAUAAACUUCCAGGUUAAUCA